AAAGAGCAUAAACCCUCAGUGUACCACGCGACGCGUGUGGGUCGCUUCAUCGUUUUCCGUCGCAGCUACUUCGCUCUUCCGAUUUCUAGGGUUUUUCCUCCAUUGCCAAGUUACUGCUCCAACGCUUUUGAUUCCUUAUCUUCGUCUUUCGCGCUUUCACUGUCGUUGGAAUCUGGAUUAUGUGAUAAUUCCAGGCCUCACAUCCAUUUGGUUUGUUAGAUUUGUUUAAUAAAUGCAGUGCAGUUCUGAUAGUGAGAUGGAUAGACUGCCAGAUUCAUAUACAACUGUACCCAUUUCUUCUACUCUUGAUGACCUUGAUGUAGUACCGCAUCCUCAUCGCCUUGAAAGAGAAUUUGCAAAAGAAAAUAUACGAAGAGAACCAGGUGCAAAUGAGCAUGAAACUCAUGGGCUAUGUGAAGGAAAAAUAACCUACGAAUUAGCGCUGGAGAGAGAGUUAGAAUAUCGGAAAAGACUGAAAGAUGCUGGCUUGCAAACUUUUGCUACUAAUAGAGUACCCCCUACACCUCCUCAAAAGUUGCCUCUGGAGCAUAAUCUUAAGCGGAAAGUAAUGUCUGGAGUCCACACAGAAUCAGUGCCAACUGGUAGUCAUUCUCCCCGACUACCACUCCAAGAUUGGCAAGUUGAAUCGCGGAAAUUGCAUUCACAACAACCUCUUACCAAGCGACUAAAUUGUUAUAGAACCUUAACACAACAUUCUCCUCAGCGGUUGAAUUGCAGCCAACAUCCAGACCAGAUGUUCAAGCAUAGGCCACAUCUCCAACAUCAGCAUGGGUGUCAACCACCUCUACACAGAAAUCUGGCUCGACAGAUCAAUUGGCCUCGACAAAGCAAUCAACCAGCUGUAAACAACCAGGGGAAGUUCUAUAGGUGCAAUCUUUGCCAGAUGAAUUUUGAUACUUCUUCCAAACUUCACCUGCACUAUCAGACUAAAGAGCACAAUGCGAGGCACAAGUUUACAAAUAUCAAUGUUCCAAAUGGAAGCACGGUGGUGUGGUGUGAAGAGUGCCGCGUACCAUGUAUGAAUGAAACAUUAUUAGCUCAGCAUCGUGCUGGAAAGAAGCAUGCUGCUUGUCUUCGUUUGCUAGCACAAAGUGCUACUUCCACAGCUGCCGGCGCUGGUCAACCUCCCAGAAUUUGAAGAUAUGGAACCAAAAUGCAAGUAUGGUGGCAUAAAAAAACUUUUUGGUUCUUCAGCUUGAUAUCCUUUUCCCUUCUUAUCUAGCAAUAUGCAUAGCUAUUUGGUUUUCAUAAUGAAGAUUUAAUGCUAUUAGCUUUUGGUUUAACCACUAACUUGGUCCCUAAGUUCAUGUCCUAUUAAAGAGUCAGUCGAUGCUUGAGUACUUGAGUUCAUUCUGUUCAUGUUUUAGAGACCUGAGACAUGUCAAACAUGAUACACUUACAUUGCAUCCCAUAUAUA